AAUCAAGCAAACAGAAGACAAAUGAAGUAUGUAACAACAUAAGGCACAAAGUCGUUGGCAGCUAAGCGUCACCAAUAUGUAAGUGAAGAUGUUAAUUUAAUUUUAUAAAAUAACACAUUCUGAAACAUUUUGUUUACAUUUGUAUAGGAGAACCCGGAUGCGCAUGUUGUUGAUACUUGGAGGGAUGCUCAUAUGAGAAAAUCGACAAAAUCUUUUGUCAAUGAGGCAUCUCAACAAGAUUAUGAAAAAAUAGCGGCUGAGGUUGAGAGGUCACAGCAUGAGAGGCAAAGUCAACAGCAGAGUGAGGCAUCUCUAAAUGUAUCUGGUGUUGAUUCAUCCCCGGUCGAUCAAUAUGAGAUACUAAGUAAAGUACUCGGGGAGAGAUCUGACUACCAAAGAGGAGUGGGUUAUAGGGCGAAAGGGAAGGCAAAAAAGACAUCCUCUAGCUCUACAGAUCAAAGUCAGUCCCAAGCAAAUACUGUUGCUUCGCCUAAUGAAGAUAUGAGAGUUAUGGCUUUGCUGAUGAAGGCAAUUUGUGAGAUGUUUGAGACUUCGACAACUGUGCAUCCCAGUAAACUGUAUGACCCAAUGUUUGACAGUUUUCUGUAG